AGGAGCUCAGCAUCAAGAGUCUAACAGCAGUGGAGCAGCAGUACGAUUCAGUUAGAACCUCGCCUUCAUUUACUGCGGACGUUCAAGGCUCAGGAGCAAGGAAAGAAGCACUGGGUUUAAGCAGAAAAAACAGCGACCGUAUUCCAACAUGACCGAAACCAACAAAACGCAUGUUAUUUUGCUGUCGUGUGGCAGUUUUAACCCCAUUACCAAGGGACAUAUCCACAUGUUCGAAAAAGCCAGAGAGUACCUCCACAAGACAGGCAGGUUCAUAGUGAUUGGAGGAAUUAUCUCUCCAGUUCAUGACUCAUAUGGAAAACAGGGGCUAGUUUCCAGUAGGCAUCGCUUAACCAUGUGUCAGUUGGCCGUCCAGUCAUCUGAUUGGAUUAGAGUGGACCCCUGGGAAUGUUACCAGGACACUUGGCAGACCACCUGCAGCGUUUUGGAGCAUCACCGGGACCUCAUGAAAAGGGUAACAGGGUGCAUCCUGUCAAACGUGAACACUCCUUCAACAACUCCUGUGAUUGGACAGCCACAGAAUGGGACACGUCCCAUCUACCAAAGCACCAACCUUACAAACAAGCCAACCGCAGUUAAACUACUGGGGAAAGUGGGUGAGAGUUUGGGAAAAAUUUGCUGCGUCCGUCCCCACAUCGAAAGAUUCACCUUUGUAGAUGAAAAUGCAAAUUUGGGCACUGCUAUGAGAUAUGAAGAGAUUGAGUUACGCAUCCUCCUACUGUGUGGAAGUGACCUUCUUGAGUCUUUCUGCAUUCCUGGGCUGUGGAAUGAAAGUGACAUGGAAGUGAUUGUUGGAGAUUUUGGAAUAGUGGUGGUACCUCGUGACAACACUGACACUGACAGAAUCAUAAACCAUUCCUCUGUUCUUCGCAAAUAUAAGGAUAAUAUUAUUGUUGUGAAAGAUGAUAUGAAUCACCCCAUGUCUAUUGUCAGUUCUACCAAGAGUAGACUGGCCUUACAACAUGGAGAUGGUCAUGUAGUGGAUUACUUGAGCCAACCAGUUAUUGACUACAUCUUGCAGAGUCAGCUGUACAUAAACACAUCUGGAUAGAGGCCUGACUUCUUCUCCAUCUCCGUGUCAUGAUCUCUCCGUCUUGCUCUUUCUCCCUGAUACGGCCUUUAGUUUUUCUCUGUCACUCUCUUCUUCUUCUUCUUUCUGUGUAAUUCCAAUCCCCUGCUGCUCUAUUGCUUUCCAUGUUCAGCAGCCUUUUGGUGUCACUGUUUGUCCAAAGUAUAACAUAGCAACUUGGGAACCCCGCAGGGGUACCACAUUGUAAAAUACAGCACAGAAUCCAGUUGUUCUUGAAUUGGCUUUCUUCUGUGCAUGCUAGGGGCUGCUUGGGGGGUAGGGGCUGGGGUGGGCUGCGUUUGUUGGGCUGGGGUAUAAGUACUGUUUUUCUUGUACAAUGCUCUUUUAGCUUUUGCUCUUUAUUUCAUGCUGCAUGUGCAUAUAGUUCUUUCUUAGCAUGAAACUUUUAAUUAUAAAAUAUAUUUAUAAUCCAUAGUGAAAAUAUUCAAUAAUUACUAAUGGGACCUUGAGUCAACAAGGUGACCUCACACUUGCUGGUGCAUUCUCUUGCUCUCUGGCCACUGUAACUGAGGUAUUGCUGUUCCUCCCUGACUACAGUGUCAGCGCUUACUGCCAUUCAAGAUGUUUUUAUGUUACUCUGUGUCACUUUGGAGGUUUGACAACAAGGUUCCAGGAUGGAGGUUAUUGUGGUAACGUUUGCUUGGGUUUUGCAUUCCAGCAUGUGUGCCACUGCCAAUCUCUUCCUGUCAGUCAGUUCUGUUUUUUCUCAUUUGGUUGAACCUUCUACAUGUACAGUUAUGUGUCUGUUAUUUUCUGAUAAUCUCUCCAUCCAUUUUUCUGAAUCCACUUUUUCCAGGCUAUGAAGAGAUAUAACUUAAACGUAUCCAAUUAUCAUCAUGCUGCAUGUGUCUUUCAGUGUGGCUCACAGAUGCAGUCAGAGGUUUUGGAAAGCCAAGCAGAUUCUUGGGUUAUUGGGACAGUACUGGAAAAUCUCAUUUGAUAUUUAGGCUGCAUUACUUAAUGAAGGAGGUAGACCUUUUUAAUGUAGUAUUGUUCGUAGCAGAUGAUCUUGGUUUUUACAUUGCAAUGAUUAAGUCUUACAUCACGAACUUAAACACAGAAAUUCAUAUGGCAAUGAAAGAGUCCUCAGAAAUGAGUGACAUUUAAUAGGGAAUACUACUAAAUAUCGUAUGUUAAAAUGUUCUUAUUUGGCCUGGUAUUAUCCACAGCCUGUGUGAGCAUAGAGAAUCACUGGCUUACUAAGAUCUUUCUAGUCUGACGGCUGAUUACGAUGUGGCUGUAGAACUGAGAGCUCUGACAUGACUGCCUCUGCAUUGACAACAUCUUUUAAAUUUUCAUUAACCUUACACUUGUCAUCAUUAACAUCAUCCUUAAUCAUAACCUGAACUGAUGAUGAUGAAUCCUGAGGAAUAUUUCAAAAAUUCAUCAUCGUUAAUUUUACUGACUUCGCUGAAACUUGUGAAUUAGUCCAUUGUAACAGCCCUACGUAUGAAAGCCUAGCUU